AUGGAUCUCCUCCUGGCGCUGGUGCUCGGGGCCGCUCUCUACCUGCCGGCGGCCGCCGACUUCGACGGGAGGUGGCCCAGGCAAAUAGUGUCGUCCAUUGGCCUGUGUCGGUAUGGUGGGAGGAUUGACUGCUGCUGGGGCUGGGCCCGCCAGUCCUGGGGACACUGCCAGCCUGUGUGCCAACCACAGUGCAAACACGGAGAAUGUAUCGGACCAAACAAGUGCAAGUGUCACCCCGGAUAUGCGGGCAAAACCUGCAAUCAAGAUCUGAAUGAGUGUGGCCUGAAGCCGCGGCCCUGCAAGCACAGGUGUAUGAACACUUUCGGCAGCUACAAGUGCUACUGUCUCAACGGGUACAUGCUGAUGCCAGACGGGUCCUGCUCAAGUGGCCUGACGUGCUCCAUGGCAAACUGUCAAUAUGGCUGUGACGUUAUCAAAGGACAGAUACGGUGCCAGUGCCCCUCUCCUGGCCUCCAGCUGGCUCCGGAUGGAAGGACCUGUGUGGAUGUUGAUGAAUGUGCUACUGGAAGAGUUUCCUGCCCUAGAUUUAGGCAGUGUGUCAACACUUUUGGGAGUUAUAUCUGCAAGUGCCAUAAAGGCUUCGACCUCAUGUACAUUGGCGGCAAAUACCAGUGUCACGACAUAGAUGAGUGCUCCAUGGGUCAGUACCAGUGCAGCAGUUUUGCUCACUGUGUCAACGUGCAUGGGUCCUACACGUGCAAAUGUAAAGAUGGAUACCACGGCGACGGACUGAGCUGCGUGUAUAUUCCGAAAGUCAUGAUUGAACCUUCAGGUCCAAUUCAUCCACCAAAGGGAAAUGGUACCAUUUCAAAGGGUGAUGGAGGACACAGUAAUUGGAUUCCUGAUGUCGGAAGUACUAGGUGGCCUCUGAGGACACCAUAUAUUCCUCCUGUCGUUACCAACAGGCCCACUUCUAAGCCAACAACAAGACCUACGCCAAAGCCAACAACAUGGCCGACCCCACCCCCACCCCCACCGCCUCCCACAGAACUCAGAAGGCCUCCUCCACCACCACCAACACCGGAAAGACCAAUCAUCGGACUGACGACUGUAGCACCAGUUGCUACCACAUCACCAAGAGAGAUUACAGUUGACAACAGGAUACAGACAGAUCCUCAGAAGCCCAGAGGCGAUGUGUUCAUUCCACGGCACCCUUCAAAUGAUUUGUUUGAAAUAUUUGAAAUUGAAAGAGGAGUCAGUGCAGAUGAUGAAGCAAAGGAUGAUCCAGGUGUCCUGAUACAUAGCUGCAGUUUUGACCAUGGGCUUUGUGGAUGGAUCAGGGAGAAAGACAGUGACUUGCACUGGGAACCAGUGAGGGAUCCAGCAGGCGGACAGUACCUGGCGGUCUCCGCAGCCAAGAGCCCCGGGGGAAAGGCCGCUCGCCUGGUGCUGCCUCUGGGCCACCUCAUGCAUUCCGGGGACCUGUGCCUGUCCUUCCGGCACAGGGUCACCGGGCUGCACUCCGGCACGCUCCAGGUGUUUGUGAGGAGACAGGGGGCCCACGGAGCAGCCCUGUGGGGAAGAAACGGUGGCCACGGCUGGAGGCAAACGCAGAUCACCCUGCGAGGGGCUGACAUCAAGAGCGUCAUCUUCAAAGGUGAAAAGAGGCGCGGCCACACCGGGGAGAUUGGAUUGGAUGAUGUGAGCUUGAAAAGAGGCCACUGCUACGAAGAGCGCCAGCAACUCCGCAACUAG